AUGAUGGAAACAGUGUCGAAACUAGUUGCUCGUAGCGACGAUGAUAAUGAUGGUCUUUCUCCCACAGUUGUCGACCUUCUAAUCGCUCUCCUCAUUCUCGUGCUGGUUGCUCUUUCUUUGGUUGGUGGGCUUCUCUUCCUGCGCCGCAGACGCCGGAAUCAGAGCGAGCCCCUGCUUCCAGUACACAACGGCCAACGCCGCCUCACGAUCACAGCAACGCAAGGGAAGAAACAGUCUGUAUUCGUCAUCGAUGAGAAGCGCGACCUAUUGGAAAACUCCUCAAGCCCCCCACAGAGUCCCGUGCCCGAAAUUCGUCUCACUUUCCCUGAAGAGGAAGAUGAAACCGGAAAGCGCAAAUCCGGACGAGUGGUGGUGGUGAGAAUAAGUGAGGCCGGUAGUGUCGGUCUGGAGCCGUAUCAUGAGGAGCUUCCUCCCUAUCAGUCGCCUGACUCGGGUCGUUUCCAGUCUCUUGACCUGGAGCGCAUGGGCGGACUGAAGGAGAAGGAAGAUUCGCACGGAAGGCUCUAG